AUGCCGAUCAAAGUCACACCCAUCUCUGCAGAAGAUGUUCCCGGCGCCGUGAAAUGCAUCCAGGACGCGUUCGCCGAAGAUCCGUACAACCACUGGGUCUUCAACGAUCGCGACAACUUCUCCCUCAAACGCAACUCCGUCAGUCUCAGUAUACGAUGCAGAUGGGGAAUGUCACAUGCUCUCUUCCACGUCGCGAAAGAUACAGAUGAUUCAUCGGGGACAGUGCUAGGCGUAGCAUGCUGGUUGUCUCCCAGCAAUCCUUUCGCACCGCAGACAUGGAAAGCCUAUCUAGGCGACUGGUGGCUGUGGUUUGAACAAGGGAGGAUAAAUCUUUGGUAUGGUCGUGGUGGUCUCAACGUGAAGCGAUAUUACAUUUGGAAAGCGGCACAGGCAGAGGCGCAGAAAGAGCUGUGGAACGAUGAGAAGGGAUACUAUUUCUGCAAUAUCGUGACAGUUCUCCCAGAGGCUCAAGGGAGAGGCGUAGGCAAAUUGCUCUUCCAGCAUGUUACUGAUCAGGCAGACAGAGAAGGGCGUUCGUGCUAUCUCGAGAGUAGCAGAGCAGAGCCAAACAUGGCCAUCUACCAAAAGAUGGGGUUUGAACUUGCAAAGGAGAUGAUUUGCGACGACCACGUACGUAUCAUGAAGUCCAUUCUCACCAUAUGA